CGCACUGCAACGCAAAGUGGGCUGUGUCCACUUGUGGCUCGCAAACCAUCGGCCAGACCUUCGACGGCUAUUAUGCACAUGUGAUCUCUGCCAUAUGUAUGUGGUCCAUAAUAAGAUGGAAUCUCAAACCACUCAUGUAUGACUUCGGGAGACAAGUUUAUUCAUGCUACCUCCUUCAAGGUGUUUCAGACCAGGUGUCGUAGGAAACUAAUACCAACCUUCACUUGCGGCGGAAACAUUACAGGGGACUCUGGAGUCAUCGGGAGCCAGGGGUACCCAGGAGUUUACCCUCCAAAUACCAAAUGUGUGUGGAGAAUCACAGUCCCUGAGGGAAAGGUGGUGGUCCUGUCAUUCCGCUUUAUUGACUUGGAGAACGACAACCUGUGCCGCUAUGACUAUGUGGAUGUUUACAGCGGCCAUGUCAGUGGGCAGAGACUUGGUCGCUUCUGUGGGACGUUCAAGCCAGGAGCCCUGGUUUCCACGGGCAACAAGAUGCUCUUACAGAUGCUAUCUGAUGCCAACACAGCUGGGAGUGGCUUCCUGGCCGUUUUCUCUGCUGCCAACCCACAUGAAAGAGGGGACCAGUACUGUGGAGGUAGAUUGGACAAGCCCUCUGGGACCUUCAAAACACCCAACUGGCCUGAGAAGGACUAUCCAGCUGGAGUCACCUGCUCCUGGCACAUAGUUGCACCAAAGAACCAGAUUAUUGAAAUCAAGUUUGAGAAGUUUGACGUGGAAAGGGAUAACUACUGCCGCUACGACCACGUCUCCAUCUUCAAUGGGGCAGAAAUCAACGAUGCCAAGAGAAUUGGCAAAUACUGUGGAGACAGCCCCCCAGCGCCAGUGUUCUCAGAUGGGAACCAGCUCCUCAUCCAGUUCCUGUCAGAUCUCAGUCUAACCGCAGACGGCUUCAUUGGACACUACAAGUUCAGACCAAAGAAAUUCCCCAUCACCACGAUGCCACCCACCACUACCACACAGCCAGUCACCACCAGGCCCAUACCUCUGAAGUACUCUGUAGCCCUCUGCCAGCAGAAAUGCAAAAGACGAGGAACACUUGAGAGCAAUUACUGCUCCAGCAAUUUUGUGAUAACUGGGACAGUCAUCACCGCUGUGAUGAGAGGAGGAAGUAUGUACGCCACCGUCUCCAUCAUCAACGUGUAUAAAGAAGGCAGUCUGACCAUCCAGCAGGCAGGAAAGACCAUGAGCACCAAGAUCAUUAUCCUGUGCAAGAAGUGUCCGUUUAUCAGAAGAGGCUUGAACUACGUCUUCAUGGGCCAUGUGGACGAGGAGGGCCGGGGGAAAAUCACCCCUCAGCACUUUGUUAUGCCGUUCAAGACAAAGAACCAGAAAGGACUCAACGUUCUGAAAAACAAGCGGUGCUGAGUCCCAGUAUCGCGGAGGACUUCCACUGGACUCAGCUGUGGAUGGAAACAAUCAAGCGAAAAAUGAUCUCCAUCUCAACAACACAAACGCAGGCCAAAAACAUAAUUGAAUCUGGAUGCAAAGACGACAGAACAAAAACAUAAAAUCUACAUUAUUCAUUCACUUAAGCGCAACAAAGUUGUUUGUGUUUAUUAAUUUAGCUGCAGAUCACAUGUAUUUAGAAUAAACAAGAAGACAUUGUACUUCUACUCUAUUUUCAACCUCAGACUAAUCAGCAACCAAUUGAGUUGUUCCACAGCCCAGUCUCACUCUGCCUAGUCACCUUCCUGGUAUGCCCUGAGCAGGAAUUUAAAUUGUAGCCAGUAACAGGAGCCCCGAAUAUCAAGUAUCGCGAUUCACACAGAUGUGCUUCAUAAAACAAACAUUACUCAGUUUAAAACUUCCAGUGUCCACAUCUGACCGUGUCCUGUGAUGGUACUAUUCAUUUCACAUUUUUCCACAGUCUACUUUUCAGUUGUUUCCCUUUGAGUGAAUAAACAGUGGGAUUUAUUAUUUAGUAUGCAUUAAACAAAUAUAGUCUUCAAUUUCCUAAGCCUAAUAUCCAUAGCGGAUUUGUCACAGCUGAUUGUUGUAUUUUUUUUAAUGACGGUAGUCUGGAGUUAAUUUUUGUGAGUUCUAUUUGAAUGGCCAGGAUUUGGUCGUUUUUAAGUGAUGAAAAGUGCAAUAUUUAAUAUGUAUGUGAUUCUUUUUGAAAGAUUGUAUGCUGGUUUUAUGUGAAACAAAUGAUGAACUUCCUAGCUAAAGCUCUUUUUCUUUAGCUUGUUUACAGAUGCAAAGCACCGCUACCAGCAUACAUCAUUUACUUGUUUUUUUUAAAGGCAGAGGUAUGAAAUGAACAAAUAUUUUCAUAUGAAAAAGU